GUCAGAGAAGAUAGUUGGUGUCAAGAUGAAGGUACUUGUGCUUUUUGCUUUCGUCGUGCUGGGAUGCAGCCUGGCCGGGGCUCGGAAAGUGACCAAAUGUGAACUGAGGCAGCAGCUGCUGGUGGCGUUCAGCUCCCUACCGAAAAAUGUGACGGUGAACGGACUGACUGAAGAUGCCUUUUUAGCCAAGGUGGUCUGCCACGCGGAGCAGCUUUCAGACUUCAACACCAGUGCCGUGAGCGAUCUGAGCCAUGGGACGGGAAAAGAGAGUCAGGAGGAUUCAACUGAGAGCGGAUCAUCUGAAUCCAAGAAGAAGGGCAAUAAAGGGACAAAUGGAAAAGGUCAGGGCAAGUCCUCUGAAAGCAACGAGGACGAUGUGGAUGUGACCCUUUACGGCCUUUUCCAACUACCCGAUGAUUUGGUCUGCAGCAGCGCCAACAGCGCCUCACUCAACUUGUGUGGUAUCAGCUGCGACAAACUAACUGAUGACGACAUCUCUGAUGACAUCAUCUGUGUGGUGAAGGUCAUCAAUGAGCUUGUAACAAAAAACUUCAUGGCGAAGAACUCAAAGGAGCUUUGGGAAGUUGUCAAGAAACUUGUGGGUGGCAACUGCAACAACCUGGACCAGUACUUCAGUGGUUGCUGAGAAACUUUGUUUCACCCUUAAUCUCAAUAGAAUGAUCGGUCUUCCUUUACCAAACUAUUGAGAAUUAUGAAUGAAUAAAAAAUAUGAAGCAUG